AUGCACCACCGCCGGUGGCGUGCGUCGCUCGCGGCGCGACACGGCCUCGCCGACGUCGACGGCGACGUGUCGUGGCACGCGCGCGAUCAUCCACGGUGGCCGCUCGUGCGCGAGUGGCGUCGCGACGGCUCAUCACCCCCAUGGGGCCCGAAUUACGCGCCGGACGCGCACACCGUGCGCAACGACUACGGGGCGCGCUUCGUCGACUCAGGUCUCGUGACGCCACCGAGUGCGUGGGUGCCGACGUCGGACGCGCGCGCCGCCGAGCAUCCCAAGCGGCGCCGCCUGCUCGAUCUCAAGGCCGCGCUCGUGCAGGCGUCCGCGAUCCCACGCACGUAUCUUUGCGCGGAUCUGCGCGCAUGGCUCGAUCCGCACGCUUCGCUCGGCGUCCUCGAGGCCGUCGGCUACGACGUCAUUCUCAUCGAUCCGCCCCUCUUCUCAUAUGCAUGGCGCGCGCCGCACGAGACGCGGCACGCGUGCUGGACAUGGGACGAGGUGGCGCAGCUGCCUAUACCCCGCCUCGCGUCCCGUGAGAGCUUCGUGUUUCUGUGGGUCGGCGACGGCCGCGACGACGGCCUCGAGCGCGGGCGCGUCUGCCUGCAGCGCUGGGGCUUCCGCCGGUGCGAAGACAUCGUGUGGGCGCAGACCGAGUCGUGCACGCAGUACGCGCCCGCCUCGCCGUCGCUGCUGACGCCUGUCGUGCAGCACUGCCUCAUGGGCAUCCGCGGCACGGUCGUGCGCAGCACCGACUCGUUCUUCGUGCACUGCAAUAUCGAUACCGACGUCAUCUUGUGGCCCGGCGAGCGCCCCGCGCCUGGCAUGCCGAUCUCGCUGGAGCGCAAGCCGCCGCAUCUGUACGAGAUCGUAGAGCACUUUUGCCUCGGCACGCGGCGCCUCGAGCUGUUCGGCACGAAUCGCAACCUGCGCGACGGCUGGCUCACCGUCGGAUGGGACGUCGGGCCACAGGCGCCCUCCUGGCCCGCACACGGCGCCCUGCCACUCGAUCCCGCGGCGUAUGCGGCGCAGUUCGUGCUCGAGCCACCUCACUGCCCCCUCUACGCCCGCUCGAAUCUCGUGCCGUACAGCGACGAGUGCGAGCAGCUGCGGCCUCGCACGCCACCACCAGAGGACCAGCGCGGCCGGCCGCGCCCCGCGUUUCGCGCUCAGCCGCCCCGCCAUCAGCUGCUGAACCAGGGCGCCGGUGGGCGCUCCACGGUCAGUACGCCGAGCGCCAGCGAGCACCUCAGUGGCGCACAGGCCCAGAUACAGCGCCGGUAUCAGCGCUAG